AUGAGACGUGCGAAAUUAGUCGUCAUUAUGUUCAAAAGACUUGAUGUGCUUCUGCUCGUUUCAGCGACACUAGUUGCAGCAAAAGACUGUUAUCACAAGCCACCAAACUGCAAAGAUGACUCGUGCUUAAUCACAUGGCAGUGUGGGGAGCACUCGCAGUGCGGCGCGCGUAGAGGCUGCGUCUGCCUGCCCUGCUACACCGGCGACACCUGCGACGAGUACGUGGACCGCUUCCCAAUUACGUUGGAAAAAGAGCACGAUGGAAUAAAAAUCUCAGCUGACCGUUCAGGUUUGGUGUACCAAGUGAACGCAACGGACGACGACCAAACGAUCAGCUGCACGAAUAUCGUGCGCACAAAUCUGUUCGCCGAGUGCCCGUGCGGAGCAAUAGAGUACGGGCCUCUGAAGUUGAUGCGCCCGUUCUCAUCUGCCGAUGAAAACCCGUUCAAAAUGGACCCAGUGACGGGCGACGUCCUGAUCAAAGACUCGGCCCUGCUGGAGCCCGGAGAAACGUACUACCUACAGCUGCAAAUCCAGCUGUCGGGCAUCACGCCCUUCGCGCUCUGCAACUUACAAAUUACGGCGUUCGGCUCCCUGAUCACGAGUGGCACGGGCGGCGCUCUUACAGCGGCAUCUUUCACACCCGACAUCAAGGAGAAUGCUUUCCUCUCUGGAGUGAACGAUCGAGCAAUCAUCGACUUCGGCAGCCUGAUGAACUCCGCGGCCGUCAACAGCGCUGGACCCUUCACUGACAGCACCAUCGAGAUCAAUUUUGACGCGUCCCUGGUCUCAAACCCUGCCUACACCAACACUGCAGCCAAUGUCACCGCCGGAGCAACGUACGCUAACGGGACCGUGUGGCUCGGGACGAUGUCCUACAACUACGAUAUGAGUGCGGGAUCCGGUUCAUUGGCUCUCAACAUGGCGCUGACAGUCGUGGGCACGGACCCGACCACGGCACUCCUACCCGGCCAGUCCAUCAAGUACAAGCUCAGCAUUAUCAUACCUAAACUCA